CCGCAAACUCAGUGAAUCUCGUGAGUCUGUUGGAGUCAUAUUUGCACAAGUUCGUACAUAAAGCAAUCAUGAAAUUUGACUCGAUUAUUGCAGUUUCGCUUGUGCUUUGUUUUAUUCACAUUUUAUAAUCCCAGCAUACGCAGAGAUCGCGUUUGAAACGAACAGACAAUCGUCAGAGAAGGAAUAAAGUGAUUUACCGCGUUGUGUUUAGGAUAGAGAAUUAGAGUAUGAUUUUUAAUAGUAAUUAUAAUAAGUUUUUAAUGCGGCCAUUUCCGCUAUGUUUUAUGUCCCAAAUUGAAAAAAAGUUUAUUUCUCUACUUGAAAAAUACCAAUUAUUUAGCAUUGAGUUUUCUUAUUUACUCAUAUAUUCUAAAAAAAACAUUAUGAUCAAACUUUUACUUUUAUGUUUGGCUGUUUCAGUAGUCUGUUCGAUCGGCCAUACACAUUACAUAUUCUAUUCGUUUUUGUUUAUUAAUUGACUGUUUUGACAAAUUGAAAAAAUAUAGCACAUCUAAGGUUGCUAGUUUCAUUUAAAAAAUAUAGAUAUAGAAGUUAAAUGUUCAAGCCUAUAAAGACCUCAACUUCGCACAGAGGAUAAUUAUCACCAGUGUAUUUUACUAGUAAAUCUCUUCAAAAAAGUAGAACAGAUGUGUUGAAGCCAUUAAUAAAAGAACACGAUUGGUUAACAAACAAAUAUCCGGUCAGACUAUAGUUACAAUCUUGAACUUGCAACCUCAAAAAAAUUUAGUGCUUAAAGCACGAGUUGGAUUUAGUUGGUCUAUAAAAAAAUCAUGAUAUAUUUAAAACAAAAAAUAGAAGGAGAUAAUUUUAUAACGCAGCAUGCCUUGGCAGACUGGAGGACCGACAUCAAGAAUGCGAGAGUUCAUAAAAUGACUGAUUUUAUUUUUGAAAAAACACAAAUUCUUCAGUCCAAUGCAAUCAUAAGAAAUACGCCAGGUGCUUUGUCAUGUGGAAAUUCCGCGACGACUUAUCUUGGUCAACAGCUAACACCUUACAGAGCGGAGAUCGCCAAGUGUGUGUCAUCAGCUACAGAUGAAAAUGCCGCUAACAAGUGCUGCGAUCUCGUUGAUUCUAAACUCAUCAAUCAUGUUUCAACUAUUUUUAAUAACACAAAUCGCUGCAUUAAUAAUUCGUGAUUAUUUUAUUGUUUAUAGAAUCUGAUGUCAAAAAUGCUGUUGUUAUAGCAUAAAGCUUGUCCUCUAAAGUUAUUUAUUAUAAUAUGUAUAUAUAAUGUAUCAUUUUGAUAUAGGAAAAAUGUUAUAACUUUUGAUGAACGAUCUUAUGUAUUAGUGAUAAUGCAGAAGGUUACUUUUAUAAUAUUAUUUGCAUUUUAUGUAAAUUUGAAUUCUGAUUGCACGACACAACAGAAUAAAAUAAAAUAUUUAUGAAAUCCGUAA